GAUGUACAUCUGUCAAGACGUUAAAUAAAAAUAGGAGUAGUGGCAAGGCAAUAAUAUACUUUACAUACCAUGCGAUUUUAAGUGAUUUUCAAACAUGUAACCUUCAUUCAUAAAUUGCUUCUAUACCUAUUAAACUUGUAUAAUUUUUUAAAAGAAAAAGCCUAUUUUAUUCUAUUUUGAUUUUGUUGGAAUACAUUUUUAUACAAUGGAUUUUUCACGAGGAAGAAAUAAAGGAUACAAAAACUAUAAAAACAGUAAACGAAUUGAUUCGAAUUGUUUGGAAAGUACUCCUGAGAUUAUGCGUAUUGAAAUUGAUCGCAUAUUUAAAGAAUUUUUAGAUGAUCCAGAUAAAAAUGAAUACAUUUUUCCUUCAGAUUUAAACAAUCUACAAAGAAAGUAUAUACACUACAUGGCACAGAAACAAAAUAUCAUAUCCAAAUCAUAUGGAAAAGAGCCCAUCAGAAAAUUGCAUAUUAAAAAGAAAAGUCAACAACUUUGCAAUCAGUACAUUGAGGUUUUUCCUUGUGAGGGUGCUCAAUUACACCUAAAUGAGUUUGUUAAUGCUUCAAUACCUAGUCCUGAGGCACAUAAAGCACCUACCACCUACAAUGUUCAGAAAGUAGCUGGAAGGUUAAUUCAUAGCCCUGCAGUGAUUCCCAAUGUGAUAAAUGUAAAUCGGGAUGUCACAGGUGUAAGACAAAACUUGCCCGUGUUUGAGUAUAGAGAAAAAAUUAUAGAAACUAUCCAAAAUAACCAGGUAGUUGUUAUUUCUUCUGAAACUGGCUCUGGAAAAACUACUCAAAUUCCUCAAUACAUAGCAGAAGAUAGUGCAUUAUUAAAAAAACCAUGCAAAGUUAUUUGUACACAGCCUAGAAGAAUUUCAACAGUGGCUGCUGCAGAACGAGUUUCAUAUGAAAGAGGAGAUACUGUUGGUGCUUCUGUUGGUUACCACAUUAAACUUGAACAAAAUUAUGGUAUUAAUACCAAUAUAAUUUUUUGUACAACUGGGGUACUUCUAAGAAACCUUAUGUGCAGUACUGAUGGUUUAAAUAACAUUACCCAUGUAAUAAUAGAUGAAAUUCAUGAAAGAGAUAAAUUGGCAGACUUCCUGCUUAUUUGUUUGAAACAGAAUGUAAAAAAAUAUCCCAAUUUAAAGAUAAUACUCAUGUCAGCAACUAUAAAUACAAAUAAAUUUGUUGAAUAUUUUGAAAAUGUCAUUGUACUUUCUAUACCAGGAAGGUUAUUUGCCAUAGAUACAAUUUUUUUGGAAGAUGUAUUAGUACUAACAAAAUAUAUGUCACCUGAGAUGAGGGCUACUAAAUUAAAAGAACAGAAAAAACAAGUUAUACAUGAGGAACAGCUCUUAGCAGGAUCUGAGAUUGAAAUAAAAGAUAAUGAACAAGAAAUAAAUCCCUGUGUAGAUGAAGCUCUAGAAGAAUACCUGAAUUUUAGUGCAAAUUAUGACUAUAAUUUACACCAUUUGGAAGCUACAGCUCACUUGGGAAUGUAUUUUUUUGUUGAAGGCAUCUCAGUAGAUUAUCAACAUUCACAAAAUGGCCAAACAGCCUUAAUGAUUGCAGCAUUUCUUGGUGAUAAAGAAUUUGUCACUAAACUGUGUAAUAUGGGUGCAAAUUUGGAAUUGUGCUGUCGAUUAAGUAAAACUGCUUUUGAUUAUGCCUAUGACAAUCCUGAAAUACUUAGAAUUCUUGAAUGUGUAAGAAACAGGAGACAAUCAGAUUCACAAAGUACUGAUACUAGUAAAGAAGGAGAGUAUCUGUUGGAAUUAUUUGAUAAAACAACUCCAGAUUACUUUAUUGAUUACGAUUUAAUAAUAACUCUUAUUAGUUUGAUACAUGUCAGCAACACAGAUGGAUCAAUCUUAAUAUUUCUACCAGGUUAUGAUGAAAUAAUGUUGUGUAAUGAUAGAAUCCAAAACUCGUCUUUAGAUCAUACGAGUUAUAAAAUAUUUUUUCUUCAUAGUUCGAUGAACAUAAAGGAACAAAAUGACGUAUUUAAGAAACUUCCCAAUUUAAGAAAAAUUAUAUUAUCUACCAAUAUUGCUGAGACAAGUGUUACCAUUGACGAUGUUGUUUUUGUUAUUGACAUUGGCAAGGCAAAAGAAAAAUGUUUUGAUGCUUACAAUAAAGUGUCAUCUUUACAAACAAGGUGGAUAUCGCAAGCAUGUGCAAAUCAAAGAAAGGGAAGAGCUGGCAGAACAAGACCUGGAAUGUGUUUUAGGCUUUAUUCUAAACAGAGAUUCGAAAAUAUGGACACCGAAAGAAUUCCUGAAAUUUUAAGAGUAUCUUUAGAGGAAUUAUGUUUGCAUGCUAAGAUACUAGCGCCUGAAGACAUGAACAUACAUAAUUUUCUCUCAUUGGCACCUGACCCACCUUCAGCUAAUUCCAUAAAAGUCGCCAUUGAAAAUUUGCAAUUUCUUGGUGCAUUGGAUAAAGAAGAGGAUUUGACUAGACUGGGAGCAUAUCUGUCUCAAUUAACCAUUGAACCACAGCUGGGAAAAAUGUUAAUAUAUGGUGUUAUUUUUCGAUGCUUGGAACCGGUAUUAACUCUGGUGGCAUCAAUGAGUCACAAGGAUCCAUUUCAGUUACCACCACAGGCUAAUUUAAAAAGUUGGGCAGCUGAAAAGAGGAAAAUUUUAAUAGAUGGUGUUAUGAGUGAUCAUGUACUGUAUUUGGAAGUAUUUAGAAAAUGGCAGGAGAGCUCGGCUGCUGGUAAAGUAUCAAAAUUUUGUCAAGAAUACUAUAUAAGUCAUUCUACAAUGAAUUCAAUAUUAGAAACACGAAGUCAAUUAUUAGGCCAACUUAGAGCAGUUCAAUUCAUCCACCAAAGUAAUUCCUUGGAAGUAUACAAUAAAAAUGCAAACUGUUGGCCUUUAGUUAAGGCAAUCAUCUGUACCGGCUCUUACCCAAAGCUUGCCUAUCCCCUACCUCAUCAAAAUAGUUUAGCUACUAGGAGCGAGCAAAAAGUUCAUGUUCAAUCAAGUGGUGCAUGUGGUAACCAAAAGAUAACAACUUGGCUAGUAUAUGACGAAUUGAUUAAACAUAGCAAUGGUUUAUUUAUAAGAGGCGUAACUGCUAUAACUACCUUAACAGUUGGUCUAGUCUGUGGAAUUAACGCAGUAUCUCCAGAUCCAAAUAUUUUAAAUAUAGAUGACUGGGUCGAAUUUGAAUACCCAGACCAUAAUAUCAUCUACCUCAGAAAAGCAAUAGAAUUUCUAGUUAACAGAAUUCUGUCAACACCAUGGUAUUCCUAUAAUUCAUAUGAUAAUUAUGUUUUAAGAAUUUUAAGAAAUGUGUUGGAAGCAGAAGAGGCCUUUGCGGAUUUAAAAGCUCCUUAUAAUAUAGGAGAUAAGCCCAAAUUUUUCUUACCUCAAAAACAUUUUAAUUAUCGUCCAGGACCCAGUAAUUGGAGAAGCAAAGAGAAUAAUGCUAGUGCUAAUUGGAGAAAAGAUCCUAUAAACAGUCAUCCCAGACAAUUUUCAAAACACAAUCGACAAAAUGAUUUUAAUCCAAACGUUUAUGGACAAAAUAGUUAUAAUGCUAAUGGAUUUAGUCGUGGAUAUGGACAUGGACAAGAAAGGUAUAACCCAAAUAGUCCAAGGAAACAGACUGGUGCUAUAAAACGAUCUUCCAAUUCAGCAAGGGUUAUAAAUUUUAACGAAAUCGAAAAUUCUAUAUGUCAAUCCGUCCAAGGUCUUAAAUUAUCUAUGCAGAAUCCGGGAGAGUUAUUAAUCAACGCUUUGCAAAAUGAAAGUGCUAAUGAACCAUUAAAUAGCAAAUGGUACUUUGGAGGCCCAUUAGAGCAGGUUGGAGAUAGCAAAAUCUUUUUAUUGAUUAAACCUAAACAAAGACAAAAUGUGGAAAUAGCUCAGCAAACUGCCAAGUGGAUUUUUGCCCCACAAACUGAGAAGAAAAUUUUAAGUUUUAAGAGUAAAAGAAAACCAGUAUUUUUAUUAUUUACUGUACAUCAGACAAAUGCCUUUCAAGGUAUAGCAAAAUUUAUUAAAAUAUUUAGUGAAAAUUCUGGUAAACCAACAGCUGUGAUAGAAUGGAUAUUCAAGACAGAUCUUCCAUUUAUAAAUUUAAGACAUUUAAGGAAUCCAUACAAUGGCAACAGGCCUAUAUAUGAAGGAGUCGAUGGCCAACUUGUCCAAGAAAAUAUAGGAGAUGAAUUAAUCAGGAUCUACCGGGGCAAUAGUGCAGCAAAGUGCCAUUAUUAAUGGACAAAACGACUUAAUUUCUGAACUGCAAGUUGCCGUUAAUUUUUAUGUUUAAAUGUUUUACCAACAUUUGUUAAUCGAUUGAAUUUUAAGAGUAUUUAUGUUUUCGUGACUCGAAAAAUAAUUUUAAUUCCUUUAAUUAUUAUUGUUUUGAAAUGAGAAUUCUAUUUUUAUUGUAUCUUAUUUUGGGGUUUUUGCAGUUCAGAAAUGACUUAACUUCUUAAAUAUUUUUAUAUAAUAUACUAUUUGAUUUUUACGCAAAUCUUAAGACUAGGCAAGUGUAUCCCAUUUAGUAAUAGGACUUUAUCAAAUUUUAAUAUUUUACAAGAAUAAUAUAAUAUAAAACUUUUUAUCAUAUCAAUUUAAGAAUUUUUAUAGCGUUUGUUAAUAUUUUAUCUUUUCAUUUUGUUCAGUUUUUCAAUUUUUCUUCAUUGGAAAAAUACUAUUUUUAAUUUAUUUCAAUUUUAUGCAGAGAUACAGUGUAGAAAGCAAUAAAAUAAUAAGUACCACUUAGAUAUUCAUGAAAAUGUUUUCUACAAUAUUUUUUUGUUAGGACAUGCAAGUGUCAGCCUUUUUUGAUAGCUUUUUAAACGGAUUAACUUCAUUUUAAAUGAUUCUUUUUUAUUUUAUUUGUCUAUUUAAAAACAAUAAUUAUAAUUACUUUAAAACUGGUACAGCUAAAUAAAUUUUGCCCAAUAUUAUUCUGAAAAUUGUGUAAAUAGAUAAAAACUUUUUUUAAAUCUUAUUUUUCAUUUUUAGUCUUGCAAUGUUGAC